GUGUAAUGUGUCCAACAUUCCUCAGUGUCCUGAAGACAAGCAGCACAGAGGGCGGUGAGACGGAACAAUCUGACACAAUAAUGAGGUAAUCAUUUUCUAUAAACAAAACACAAAAAGCUGCUACACAUCUAGAACUAAAUAUGAUUAAUUCCAUGCUCUGCUUAUUUCAGCAAUGUUAUUCCACAAUCUCAUUAAACCAUACAAUAUACUUCAUCAUGCCUUGCUAUUGCAGCAUCUGUAUCUUUGCACUAAGCAGCCUGUCCUGGUGUCAUGGCAUCAGGUUAUUGUAUCUAAUUGAAUUGCUGUUCAUUUUUACAGCUUCUUUCAUCACUAUUUCACUCUUGUUUUAUUAUUUGCUAUAUUGCUACAUGGUGGCCUUAAAUCCUCUCAGGAUAAUAAAGCCAGUGUUUUACUAUAAGCCCAGAAAUAACCGUCCCCUCUCAAGUAGUCCAUUAGUCCCAAGCCAAGAUGGGAAAAUGGGUGAGGUCGAGGCGUCACUGUGAAGGGGGAUGGGACAACGUUACGCGCAGCACCCCACCAGCAUCUCACGUCCAAUAAGGGCUCAGAUUGGAUUUGCCAAGAGGAGGGAGGGGGAUGACUCCCACUUUCUCGCCGUGGUUGGACGCAGAGGGCGGGGCUCCGUUCCUGCGUUUUGACAGCUGCGAAAUAGAAAAUGUAUAGCGCAUAGAUGGUCCUGGAAACCAUGCUGCUCCAAGGCAACCACACUAUCGCAAGGAGUGGGAUGCAGCAUGGCCCUUUAUAGUCAGCGUACGCCCUCGUAAAUCUGGGCUAAUUGGAGAUCAGAGAAAUACAAAAAAUAAGAGGAAUAAUUAAUUUUAUUGUGCAUAUAAUCCUGGGAUUCUGGGGGAGGGUAUGCACCGUGCGUUCUCGUUCCCGGUGACUGUGGAGCGCAGUCGGACCAAGGAGCGCCUGGAGGCGAGUCUGGCCGGACUAUGCGAGCUGGAGCUCCGCAAACAGAGGCAAGAGUGCCUGGUACUGGGAGCGCUGGCUUUGGGAGACCCCCUGCCCCAGGACAGCUCCAGAGGAGAGCUGGCGUGUUUCAGCAGCUGGGGGCAGGAAAACUUGACACUGAGGCGUCAGCUGAGUGCCCUUCAGAGUUCACCAUGGGGCCUGAUGCAGGCGCUGGAACAGCAGGUGGGAGAGCUGAGGAUCGACACAGACGAUGGCUGCUAUGAUGGAGCUCAAGGAGACACAGGCGACAGUCGGCCGAGUUCUGGGUUCUAUGAGUUGAGUGAGGGUCAAUCCCCUAAAGGAAGAUCUUGUUCCACUGAACCUACAGAGACAGUCUCUUCCUGGGCUCACACUAAUGACAGGCCCAAGUCUGUUGGUGACCCCCUCAUGCCAAAUGGAGAACUGGAUUUGCCAAUCCAACGCAGCACCCUACCCCGAUCUUUCUCUGCCCCUUACCCACCUCUUGAGGGCAUCGCUGAGGAGGGCACAGCAAUGGACUCCUGGCAGUGGGAUCCCAAUGAAGCCUGGCAGCAGACUCCAGAAGGUCAGAUCACUGAGGAGGACUACCAGCAGGCCUUGCGAGUAGAAGGUUACAUCCUAAGUCUAAUUCAGCGCCAUACCCUCGCACCAAGGCCAUGUCAACCUCGCACUACCCUGAGCCCAGACCCCACAUAUUGCAGUGCCUCUGGACACAGCUCCCUACAUAGAAGAACUCCUUCUCUGACCACAGAGCAACGCCUUCCUGACCCACAUCUCCAGCCCCACACUGACCUUUCGGCAAACCCUAAGAGCCAGGGCUGGGGUUGUGACCUGCUGGAGGGGGAGGCCUGUGGAGGAGAGGCCCCAUCUUUGGAAGAGGACUAUUAUCUCGCUCUGCCCUACCCCCAGCCCAGGCCACACUCCCUGGCUGAGAGGCUACCAUCACCUCUGCCCUCCCUAGACCCCAACUGUGGUGUUGGGGCUCUUGACCUUUGUUGUGAACCCCAACCAUCACAGCAUUACUUACAUCCACAACCCCCUAUUCAUCACAAACACAAUUUAGUAAGUGCUCAGUAUAUCCCUGGACAAGGCUGCCAUGCCCCUGUGCGCUCCCCCAGACACUACAACCCAGAGCAGCCUAAGACCAACCGAGCUGUCUCCUCUCCUGACCACCCAAACUCCAAGUCCAGAACCUCUAAGAAGAGCCACAACGAGCGACAGAGAGCCAAGAAAUCAAGCAGCAAAACCAGUCGAUCCCAGUCUGAAAACAGCCUCCUGGGUCAGCGAGUGUUACCUGAGCGCAGGUACAGCACCACAGAGAGGCACCAAGGCAGAGGGGAUCUUGCUCAUAACCAAGCCCAAACCACUGGACCACAGGUGGGCAGCAACAAUCACAAUGGUAGCCGACGUUGGUGCUCCAACCUGGAGCUCAGCCAGGACGAAGGGGAGACCCUUACAGGGCAGGCACAUAGACGAACACCUCGAAAAUCUCGCCAUGGUCAUCCUUGUCCCUAUUCCCAACCCCAGAACUACCAGCAGCAACAGCAGCAGCACACCCAGCGCUGGCACCCAGACUUUCAGGAAAGAGCACCUCUCUGUCAGGGAGAGGAGGGCUAUGCUGGUGCUGCCCCCGCAGAGUCCGAGUCUAGCAUGAGUGAGGUGUAUUCCCCAGCCUCCAGCUCACUGUCCAGUGACUCUGAUGAGAGUGGGGGGCUGGUGUGGCCCCAGCAGCUGCCACCACGACUUGCUUCUACCUCCUCCUCAUCCUCACCAUCACCACAAGCCACUGCCAACACCACCUCUCAACCAAAAGCCUUUGUCAAGAUCAAAGCCUCCCAUGCUCUCAAAAAGAAGAUCCUCAGAUUCCGCUCAGGGUCCCUCAAAGUCAUGACUACUGUAUGAGGAAAUGGUCAAACUCAUAUCCAUUAUUACUGUGUUGUAAAGCCAUUGUCAGAGCAACAUUGUGGCUGCUGCUUUUACUCACCGAUCAUAUGUUAAGUAACCAAUCCCAUCUUUAUACUCAACCUACCUCUAAUUACAGUGUGCUCUUAGUGAGAGACAUUUGCAUUCAUGGUCUCUUGAUCUGCUACAGAUCAUCUGUCUGUAGUAUCUGGUUGAAUUUAACUUGGAGCUCACAUUGCGGCCUGCAAAGAAGCUAAGUGACUGAAUAUGCUGCAAGUUUUUUUUUAUGUUAGCCACAAGUCUACACGAUCUUAUAGACAUAUUGCCAAAAGCUUCGAAGGCUUCAAGGCUCUAGAAAUAAAACUGAAGCGUGUGUUUUAUUGCCCUGACUUCUCCUUUGACAGGUCCAAAACUUCUCAUUAAUUUCCUAGAAAGAAAUAUGUCAUUUGGUUCUAUGGAAAAACAGUAAUUUCACUGAAAGAACAGCUCCAUUUAAAUUGAACUAAAUAUUAAUUGGAUAUGAAUUUGUUAUUGGAAACUUUAUGCUGAAACCUUCACAUUUUGCAUGGUUGGUGGACAAAAAGCCUCGCCAGGUUACGCUACCAAUUCACUGGAAUGAAUUAACUGGAGUGCACCAUUUGAGGUCUUGUCUUUAUUUUCCCACAAACCAUUACCAAAUUACAUGCUUUAUUCCAGGAAAUGUUUUAUAACAAUUAUUAGGAUAUUAUUCGGAAAUUACAGAAGCAUUACUACAAGAAAAUUGUGUGUUGAAAUUGUGACCUGGAGCUUUAGGACAAGGAUUUCUCCUGCACUUAGCCAGAAAUAAGUUUAGAAAAAUCUCAUUUGUGCAGUAGUGAACAAACGUUUUCCUACCAUCUCAAAAUUAAUGGGUCGAUUGUGAGUCUCUGAACAGGGAAUAUCUUUAUCUUUUUUGUUCAUUUAACUCUGCCUCUUUGUAAACUGUGGAUUCACGCUGAAGUGAACUGUCCAUUACCUCUCUUCUUCUGCCAGCUGCUUUAGGGACCAAUGAGCAUAAACAGUCUGUGUGUCAGGAAUGGGUUUAGUAGAGGCCGAAGUAAGGGGCCA